AUGUUUGGGCAAGUCGGGACGUGCUCGUGUUACGGUUCGGAUUUGACAGAUGAAGAUGGAAGUUUAUGGAUGCCUACUGGUGCCAACAUCAUGAAGGCAUUAAAUCAAAUGGUGGAUCAGGCAGAGCACAGUGAUAAAUUCAUACCAAUUCAAUCAGUACUCCAACAUCUGUCAUCCUUAACGAACAUAAACACACCAGAUACUGGCAUACUGCCACACACUUGCUGGAGAUUUUUGGACCUGUUGCCAGCCUUAUGUUUCGACUGCCUCGACCAGACCCUGACCUCAAGCCCGAAUUUCGCACCAUGCCAUUAA